AAUUAUAAACAAAAAGUUUUCGGGAGUGUCAGUUUUUAUGAUAAAUUUACUUAUUUUAUAAAACGUUGCCAUAUUCACAAAAACAGAUAGAUUAGGUAAAUGAUACUCAAAAAAGAUUAAUAUCAAAUUGUGAAUAGUUGGUAUAUUUGAAAUGAAACUAAUAAAACAGUAAUUUUGAUGAAAAAUGUGGGAACCUUCAAAUUUAGUGGAAAGGCAGUUCAAUGCUGAAACAAGUAGGUUAAUAGGCGAAGCACAAUUGCAUGAGUACGGAUCAUUUUUGGAAACGUAUACUGAAAGAAUUUCAAAACAAAAAGAUGAAUUUUGUAACAAAUAUAGCAUAGCUAUGCAAGUAAUUACCAUUGAAGAUGCUUCGCCCACUAGAGAAACAGUGGCUCACCUAAUUUAUUCGGAUAAUAAAAUAUUGAGUAGAAUUCUAGCUACUUUAGGAGGCUUGUGUGAUGAGAUGAGUACACUUAUAUCAGAAGUUGAUGAACUGUAUGCCCCUUUCGUAUUGUAUGAAGAUACAUUCGAUAAAGUGUCAAGACAAGCUUCAAUAAGUAAGAUUUUGGAACCAUUACAUAAAAUCAAUCUUUUUGUUAAAAGGGUGCAAACAAUAUUUAUCCUUUGUUUAAGACAAAUAAGUUGUUUGUUGGUUAAACAUACUUUCUCUUCAAGUCAUUUUCCAGCUUUUCCUGAAGUGUUACACAAGCUUGGUGAUUUAUUGAUAUGUCUAUUGAAAUUUGAUCAUAUUUUAGAUAAUCAAAUAUUAAGGGAUCAUUGGUUUUGGUAUAAAAAAUCGAUAAGAAACAUCUCACAUUCCAAUAAGUUGAAUGUUGAUAAGAAUAAAAUGAGAUAUUUGGAUAAAAUGUUGCAAAUAUUAGAAAAUAAUCUGUUAACGGGUCACAUUUUAAAAAUUGUUAUAGAAAAAUGUUUUGAAGAUAAAAAUUUUUAUUAUCAAAUGAAAAACUGUACACUAAAUCAGGAAGUGCAUCUGUUUAUUACAUACCUGUUGACAGAUUUGGAAAAAAAUGAAGAUGUUGAACCAAAUAUUUGGUUAAAGAUGAAUGUGUUUGUUAUUUUUUACUUCAGUAUCUUUGAAAAUAAUGACAGGAAAAUAUUGAAACGAGUUUUAGAUAUAAACAAGAAACAUUCUGCAUGUACUUUAAUCGGUAAUAUUAUUUGGUAUCCCGAAAAAUUUUUACUUAAACAUUUCAGUAUUUUACAAAAGUAUAUUGAUGAAAGGGCUAUUGAAAAUAAUCGAUUAAAUCUAAUCAGUGUUAAAACUUCCAAUUUUCCGAAAGAAUCUAGUAUAAUUUGUUUAAACGUUUGUUAUUUUUUAAUGGAACUUGAAAAAAUAUCAAAACUUGAUACAAAUAACAUCAAAUCUGGGGAUUUUAAUAGCAUAGUAAAUAGUUUAAAUAACGGGAUUAAAUUGUUGAAGAAAAUAAAUUUUUCUGUACAGUGGAUAUUAAAUUUACAUGCCGAUAAAAAUUUACCAUUACAAAAAUCCGUUUUACUAUCAGUUUGUAAGCUAAUUGAAUUAUUAAAAUGCAUCCCAUUGAUCUGUAAAAAAUAUACAAUUACAUUAACACACAUAAUCUUGUUAACCACCCAACAUUUAUCAUAUAAAACUUUAGCUUUGGUAACGGCAAUCAGAAAAGGGUUCACCCAAGAAAAAUCAUACAACGAAUGGCAAUUGGAUGUUUUGUCAUCUUUAAACCUUUGCGAACAAGUUUUGAAAGCACCUCCAACUUCCCGAAGGCUAUUAAUAGCUAAUUUAGCUCUUUCCGCUAGCGGUUUGUACAGCAAUGAUUUCUCGAAACUCAAACAACUGCUACAGCAACUAGAGAUGAUAAUAAACUUUUCUAAAACACUAAGGGAAUUGAGUUGUUGUUCUUUCAUAAGAUGGCAUAGCAGUUAUAUGCUUCCCAUUUAUUUUACGAAAAUUGUACAAUCCAAACUCGAUUUAUCGCGACAUUCUUUAAUACUUUAUGCUUUAAAUGAUUUUUCAAACGAAUUAACCGAUAAAAUUGUUGAAGAUAAGUUUUACGAACCUAUAGAACAAAUAAUAGAGAGACAAAUCAGACUGCAGACCCAUCUACAUUUACAGUUACCGCCAAUAGAACCGUUUGAAAAUUAUUUUUCAAUAAAUUUCAACAAAUACCUACCGAUACCUGUACAUAAUGUAUAUAAAAAUAUAAAAAUUGAUGCCGAGCAUCAUUUGAGUACGAUGUUUUAUAAUUUAACUUCGGUUGUGUUACAUAAUUGGAAAACUUAUGGGGAAAUGAGACGAUUAGCUUAUCUACAAUAUGGUUUAGAAACUAUAGACGAUAACCUUCCUAUACAAACUUUAGAACAAGGACUAGAUGUAUUAGAAAUAAUGAGGAAUAUCAAUAUAUUUGCCAGCAAAUAUCUCUACAACCUAAACUCUCAAGUUUUCAUAGAAAGAAACAGCGAAAAUAAACAUUUAAAUUCCAUAAAUAUAUCCCAAGUAGCUAACUCCAUAAGAACACACGGUAUUGGUAUAAUGAACACAACCGUAAAUUUCACUUACCAAUUUUUGAGAAAUAAAUUUUAUAUAUUCUCGCAAUUUAUAUACGACGAACUCAUCAAAUCCAGAUUGAUAAAAGAUUCGAGAUUUUUUUCCGAAUAUAGAAUAGAACUAGAUCAAAUGUACCCGUACGAAAGAGCAGAAAAAUUCAACGUGGGUAUUCGAAAAUUGGGGUUAAAUCAACAAGGCGAAAGUUAUUUGGAUUUAUUUCGAAAAGUCAUCACUCAAAUUGGUAACGCAAUGGGAUACGUUCGAUUAAUGAGAUCGGGAUGUAGAAGAUGUCUCGCGGACGGUACAUGUUUCAUACCGGAUUUAAAAAAGAAAAAUCUAGCUGAAGUUAUCGAAAAUGCAGAAUUACCGGAUUUAACGAGAAAAGCUGCGGGGAAAGUAAUCGAAAUUCUAAAUACAUAUUUGGAUAAUAUAGAAGAUAUCACUGAAUACUUUCAGUUAUUGGUGAAAGUUUUUGUACCGGUACUAAGAAACAAAAGUAAUUUGCAUUUGAAAUAUUUUUUCAUUAUCGUACCUCCUUUAACGAUCAAUUAUAUAGAGUAUUCUUUGAACUGCAAGGAUAGAUUGAACAAACGCAACAAAACUGAAUACGCUUUCACCGAUGACGGUUUCGCUUUGGGACUGGCUUACAUUAUAGAAAUAUUGAAUCAAGAAGAGCAAGUUAAUGGUUUACAUUGGUUUCAAUCCGUUCAAAAGAAAAUUAACAACGAUAAAAUUAAAAUAAAAGAACAAAUUUCCGAUGCGAAUAAUUCUGAUAAUAAAUUGAGGCAGACGUUACUGUUGACCGAAAAAAAACUGAAUGCACACGAACGGGAAUUUAAACUUUUAUAUUACGGUUAUAAUAGCGCUCGAUUAUUUUUUCAAACUCAAACCUAAUAAAAACGUAAAUAGAAUUAUUUAUGGAACCGUUUGUGAUAUCCAUAUUUACUACACAAACAUUACACUGCUUGAGAGGCGUUUUCUCAACCAAGCUAGUAGUCUAGUCAACAAGUGCUUUUUAGAUCAAAAAUUAUUCGCCGGCUCUCAAAAAUAUGGUUGAAGUCACAUUCGAUUCGUAAUCACAUGUAGAAAGUUUUUGAAAAAAUUGAGAACGCGCUCACAAAAAUUACAAAAGUUUCGCGUAUAUCUCAAAAACUGUUCGAAAAGCGGAGGAAAUUUCCUAAGAAAAGUUUUAACUCCUGCUAAUGUAAGACCAAUUACGUCCGAAAACAAGUUACUUUUUAAACCCGGCAUUAUACAGGUCAAAAAUAGUUACGAGUUGUGACACGUGGGGUGUGUAGCAAACCCCAAAUUGUUUCGGUCAGCGAUGCCUUUCUGAUAUCAAUUUUGGAAAAAGUUUAGUGCUUUUCUGGGCUUACUUAGUAGGUAAUAUUGAAAUCUUUGUUCACCCAAAAUUUUUCUGAUAUUGCCACGUAAAUUGAGGGCAAGCUUGGGGUUAGACAGCCUUUGAGUCUGGUGGUCUUUGAUUAAUUCCAUACCUAAUUUUUUAUUAUUAUUACAGCAGGCAGGUGGGUAAUAAUAUUUUCGGACCUGUUUCUUGCGUUAUAUUCCUUACAUCAUGUCAUUCCAUUAUUUCCAUAAAAUUGAUGGAUUUCAACCGGGUCUGCGAGAUUUUGUUGGCCGUCGACUUCCAGCAUUUCUGGGUUUUCUUCUUUGGCAUCCUGUUCUAAGUCAGGGUUUCGUCGACUUCAUCGGAAUCAUCCUCAUCAAUAAAGUUUUCGUCAUUUUCUUCAUCUUGCCACUGUCUUUGGAGACGUCUCUGCUCUUCUUAGACAAAUGGAGUGUGAGAAACCCCAAGCAACUUUGAAACGGUCCUAUUCGUACUGUGUCUAUGCUGGAGCUAUGCUUUCAACAACCACGUGUAGAGGAAUACUUAGUUUGAAAGUACUGAGGCGCUAGCGUCGUUUGGCGGUCAAUUUGAAUAUUUUUUCUGCAUUCUUCAAACGCUGGGGUUUUUCACACCAGAUUUUACUGGGCGCUGAGAUUACCCGGCUGUUAUCAACUAAUUUACUGUAGAUAAAGACAGGCUAUAUAGCCUUAUACCAUGAUGGGGUUGUUAUACCUAUUGAUUGAAUUUAGAUUGAAAAUAAACAAGUGAUUUGUAUUAAAAAUAGAAUAUAGCUGUUAUACAGGGAUGAAAUAUACUCGGAGGGUCUGUAAUUUGGAAUAAAUUUCACAAUUAUAUCGGAUUAGUAUUUCCAAUUGCGAUUUUUGAGCAGUAGUAGCCAUCAAAAUGAAAGAGUUGCCAUUUAACGUUGGCGUCUUAUCUCAUUAACUAACAUCCUGUAUACAUUAUUAUUGUAUAUAAAAUACUAAUCGAAAGCUUUCGAAAAAAAACUGAAUUUAUUCUAAAUCGCAGAAUCAUAUUAUAGUAGUUAUUAUAUGGAUAAAUAAAUAUAUAUUUUUUGUAAAUUAUUGAAUUUAAAUAAAGUAUUCAAAGUUUCAUACAAAA